ACUCCAUGUAAUUGCGGUCAGCCAGCUGGUCAAACAGAUGACUGAAAUGAACGAGUCACUCCGAAAAACGAAUCAUGACUCUUGAGUCAGUAAAAAGAGUCGUUCAAAAAAGAACGAGUCACUCGCGAACAGCACAUCACUAGCAUAACCGUGCGCGCGCUGAAAUCUACGUUCACCAUAUGACUUUUAACGUUGCCCAACAACGGGCGAAAUGGCGCGAAAAGGGUGUGUCCCCUGCUAGAGUUAGCCGCAGGCGGACAAGCAUUAUUCACCAUCGUAGAACGGAUGAAGCCUGACCUGGAAUGUAACGCUAACUGAAGCCGGCUAGCUUCAUAAAAGCCUGAGUACAUCUAGCUCGUUUCGCAGUAUAUAUAUAUUUUUUUAAGGAUAAAGUAUUUUCAACCGACUUUACGCUUCCCCUGAAAAACGGAUGAGGGAACUCCGCUCAGACACAGAGUUUCUAAACCUCGGUUAGGGAAAAGUAAACUGAAACAUGUUGAUGGUUUGUGGAGGAAGGUUUCAGCCAGAUGUACAAAGAGAAGUACUGAGAAAGAAACCCCACAUUCCUGGAAUGAACGUAUUGACAUCAGCAUCUCUGCCAUCUAGACUAUUUAUUUCUGCCAGAAGUCUGUUAGACCAGUCGGAAGAGUGGGACAGUGUGAGAGAGAGAGAGUUAUUUGAAUAAAUUGUCGUCAUCAUAAGUAUUUCCCCCUGCUCACCUCUCCUACUACAGCCUAACCCAGGGUUGUCCCCUCUGGCCUCGCCCCCUGGCUCUGAGGAGUCGUCCUGCCACGUCUCCAUGUCGUUGCCCUCAGCCUCCCAGUCGCGGCUGAAGUACGUGUCCCUGGGAGUGCUGGUGCUGCAGACCACUUCGUUGGUGCUCACCAUGAGGUACUCGCGCACGCUGCUGGGCGAGGGGCCGCGCUACCUAGCCUCCUCAGCCGUGGUUUCGGCCGAGCUGCUCAAGAUCCUCACCUGCCUGCUGCUCGUCUUCUACGACCACAGCUUCAGUGUUCGGGCAUUGAAUCGUGUGCUGAAUGAAGAGAUUCUCAACAAGCCCAUGGAGACGUUGAAGCUGGCCAUCCCAUCAGGCAUUUACACACUCCAGAACAACCUGCUUUAUGUCGCCCUGUCCAACCUGGAUGCUGCUACCUACCAGGUGACGUACCAGCUGAAAAUCCUGACCACGGCCCUGUUCUCAGUGUCCAUGCUGGGGAAGAGACUGGGGCUCUACCAGUGGCUAUCUCUGCUCAUCCUCAUGACUGGUAUCGCUCUCGUACAGUGGCCUACAGAGUCUCUGGGUGGGCCAUCUUCGAAGCCUCUGUCUGCAGGCUCCCAGUUAGUCGGUGUGAUAGCCGUACUAAUAGCCUGCUUCUCCAGUGGCUUCGCUGGAGUCUACUUUGAGAAGAUCCUCAAAGAAACCAAACAGAGUGUAUGGGUCCGCAACAUCCAGUUAGGUUUGUUUGGUCUGGUGUUUGGUCUUAUUGGAGUGUUUGUGUACGACGGAGAGAGAGUGAGGGAGUCCGGAGUGUUCCAAGGCUACAACUCACUCACCUGGACUGUUGUGGCCCUGCAGGCUCUGGGCGGGUUGGUCAUAGCAGCAGUCAUUAAGUAUGCAGACAACAUCCUGAAGGGCUUCGCCACGUCACUCUCCAUCAUCCUGUCGACACUCAUAUCCUACUUCUGGUUGAAGGACUUCGACCCUACCAGUGUGUUCUUCCUGGGAGCAAUGCUGGUCAUUGCUGCCACCUUCCUCUAUGGCUAUGAGGGCAAGAGGCCUGCCAUCAACCACAGCAAAGUAUAGAGCGUCUCCCCUCCACCACCCCACAGCCCAGAAACCUCAAAGAAGAGACACACGGAGCAAGAUGGAGGGAGGAAUAUGUUGCCAAGAAGUGGUGCUGAGCAAUUAACCAAAAUGUUGGUUAUUUUUCAGUUUUAAAACAACUAAUUGACCGACCUUAGUUCAAUUAUUUGAAUUUCAUUCCAUUUAAUUUUUAAUUUCUUUGCUCAAUACACACAUUGCGCUGCAGUUUCUAUAGAGAUAAAUAAGACCAUGCCAGAACUGUGCGGUGUAGUAAGGAGUUGUAGUUUCCAACAGGCCAAUGUUCUUCAUAGUUUAGUGCAGAAAACGUGAUAAUUAACUACAAAGACCAUAAUUCAUUGCGCGGCUAGUUGACUGGUCUGUUUCUUUUACACCUGCAACGUAAGAGACGAGGGAUGAGCGAUCAAGAGUGCAUACAUCCGAGAGCAGUUGCUUCGUGAGGUAUUGGUAUUUAGCGGUCAUAAAAAGCAUGCCUUAUUUACUGUGAAGAUCUACAAAAUAGAGAUUUGUCAGAGAGCAUAGGCAGCAGCUCUAUAAGAGAAGAGAUGAUGACUUGGAAUGAAAUAAUAAAAGUCAUCAAAUGAAACAAAUGCAAUAUAUACAACUAAAAUAUUUUAUUAAAGUCAUGUGAAUAACUGAUAGUUUAAUAAGCAGUAAUGUGCAGUCACUACCAUCAUAGGACUUUUUAUUUUAUUUGGUAAUAUUCUGUGUUCCAGCAUUCAACCCAGAUAACAUACCUGCUAAAUAUCUGUAUGCAACCAAUAACAUUUGAUUCGAUGUAAUGCAUAGUGCAUUUAAUGUCAUUUUUUUUAUUUAAAUUUUCUUUUAAAAUCUGAAACCACAAAACAACCUCGAAAAGCAAUACUCACUCAGAGCUACUGAGAAGGUCCGCGUAGUCAAGGAGGAGCAGAACUCCUGGGAAAGGAGUGUAGGCGGAAGGAGUCGUAAGAUGUUUAAUGUACACAACAACAGAUGGGAGUCGCCUGGUUUCAAAACAAGGUUUUGAUUGUCCAAUACUGGUACUAGUAGUCAAGAUGGAGGUCAUAGCAUUUCUAAAGCUCUUUAUUGAAAUUCGAAGCGCUUUACGUUGCAUGGGGUUAGUAAUGCAACCACACUCUCCCAUAGUGAUGCCAUCAAGUUCUUGAUCGAACAGGCUCAUGAAUGUGACUCCUCCACAGUUCACACUUGUAUGCACGUCAAACACACACACACGUCAUGGAGCUGAAGCCACUAUGAUGCCUAAGCCGGGCAUAUGAACGGUUAUGCUCACAUGUGACCUCUCACCUCAGGGGUGAUAGAGCCAAACACACCAAAGCAUGGAAUCAUAGGAAAAUGGACUUUACAGGGAACAACGAGAAUUCAUCGACGAAUCCAAGAAUUCACUGCCAACGUUACUGUUUUUUUUAUGUUCUAUUUUUACAAAUAUUUUAUAAUGUAUUUGGGGAGUAGGGGAAUGGGAAUUUGUAGUAUGAAUGUAUUUUAGGGUACUGAUGGUCAGUAAGGGGGAGGACAUUUAAAUGAAUGUAAUGCCUCACAGGUUACCGCCCCUCAUUUGUUUUUGAGUGACAGCUCCACCCAGUGGGAGCGUUGGGUUGUAGCACAUUUACUGCAGAGGGGAGGGGUUGAGACCAAUGACUGUAGAGAUACUGGAUGUCCUUUUAUUGGGGACAAGGAAGAAAAAGAUUAAAGGAAGGAAUGCUUUAAACUUGCUGCUCAUUGUCCGGCCAUUCAGAUCCAAAGAAUUACACAUCCAGUUGCUGAUGUUUUUAUGCAAAAAUGGCCUGUCGUGCAAGAUAAAAUGAAUAAAUUAAGUGAUCAAAUGUAAAAUAAGGGUUUAAACCGAUGUUUUGUAUUGUGGAUGUUGUUUCAUCUAGGUAUGAAAUCCCAAUGCAGGAUUGUUUGAUGAGUAAGAGGUCAUAAAUUAUUUGAUGUUUCUCAACAA